AUGCACGCAGUCCGCCCGUCGUCGAUUCUCGGCCACGCCUUAUCCUCAGUAUGUGCAGCCGAUGAGGAGGCUGCUUCCACAGCAUUGUUUUUGCCAUCAGGGCUCCUUUCUCGUGCAAACGUCGGUUGCGGUGGCAACGAGUCCCAAGGGUUUGGGAUUUUCACACCGUUCACGACGAGAGCCACGUUCAUCUUGACACGAAAGCUCGACAAACCAUCGAGUGACCGGACCCCAUCCACCGAGAGCACCAAGAGAGUCGACGGUCUCGAGAUCGACAUGUGUUUACCGUGCUUCCCCUGGACGUGGACGCAGUACGACGACCCGUUGGAUGCGCUGCCCGAGCAGUCUAGGUGGGUGCACGAUGGCCGCUCGUGGACUCUGCAGCAGAUUUGCCUACCAACGGGCCUUUCUGCAGCAUACCAACGGGCCUUUCUACAACCUACCUACGGGCCUACCUACCCAUACAUCUGCUCCGUCUGUUCACCAACAGGCUCGUGUCCAGCAGCGAUCGAGCCCGGCGGUAUCAGGCGGCUGUCACCUGGCCGCCGCCCCUCCACUCUCCCCGGGAGCAUCGUUGCCAGCUGGGAGAGAAAACUUCUCUUGACCCUGCACCGCGUCGAGCCAGCCAUUCCCAAUAUUCCUUUCCACGUCACCACCACACGCCGAGGAGCUUGCCCAACUGGUCUACCUUGCCUACCUUGUCUGCUACGACGCCCGGUUCACGACCACACCCUGACCGCAUCGUACCCUCGUACGCACGCGAGCCAGGUUCAUCUUGCCGCAUUUGGGACCCCGAGAGGGAGAACCAGAAGCCUUCGUCCGCUAGCCAUGCCCGAGGCCGGAGAGGAUAUCAAGUCUCCCAAGACCACUCGCCGCCCUCGCUCGGCCGAGGACGUUCGUCAGGUGCACUUUGAGGAGAAGGGCAGCAGCAACGGCGGUACGGCGGCGAAGAAGACGGACAACGGCACCGCUGCCGCUACCGCUGCCAAGGAUUGCCAGCCAUCGAGCUUCCCUGCCAUCGGUCCAACGCCCGGUGCAGGCCCUAGCAGCAACGCGGGACGGUGGUUCACCGCGGCGGAUCCAACUCGCAGCCUCGGAGCUGGCCUUUACCACAAUCAGCAACAGUUCUUCCUCCAGCAGCAGCAGCAGCAGCAGCCAAACCUCGUGCCCCCCCCGCACCUUGCUUUCUCUGGCGGUCUUGCUCCAGCCUUUGCCAGCAACGCGGCCGCACCCGGUCACCAGGUUACAUACAUCGGCAACCACCCUCAGCUUCAUCCUCACCCGCUGCAGCAGCAUCCAGUCCAGUUCGCGGCCAUGGCCAACUACGCCAACGCCGGCCCUCCCCCGUCGGGCGUCACCUUUCAGCCCCCCGUGCCGGACAGCACCUUUGGGCCCAUGGCGCACCUCUACGUGCCUCGCUUCGACGCCGGCCCUCAUGGACCCCUCGGCGGCGUCCCUCCCCAGGGGCUCGGACUUCAUGUCGGUCCUCCUUCCCCUCCCCGUCUCGUCCAGCUCGUCCCCGUGGCCGAAAUAUCUGGCCAUGCUGCCCAGCCCGCCGCCGGUACCGCUAGCCUUUCCGUGCUUGUGCCCAAGACUACCUUCCUCAACGGAUACCAGUACUAUGCAAGUGCCUUCGCUCAUCUUCCACCGGCUCCCGACCGGAUGGAAGCCCGUCUCUUCUCCAUCCCUCGUCUUCUCCUCCCAUCUCGCGCGCGCGCCAAGUGGCACGGCUUCCGGAUGAGAGGCCCCCCCUGCCUCGCCCCCUGCCCCCGUCCUGCUCGUGUGGCUCCGUCGUGUGAAGGAGCGUGGGCUGACAGGAAAUUCGCCUUGCAGCAGCCGGUUCCUGCCGUCGUUCCCGUCGCCCAACCCGGAUUCGUCACGCAGCAGUUUGUCCCUGCUCAGCUCCCGCUCCAGCCGUCGCUCCAGCCUCCGCAUCCGCAGCCGCCCGUCAUGAUGAGCGGCCAGGCCUUCGUUGCCGUGCCCGCCUCGCAGGUUGCCCCGCCGUCCUUUGUCGGUGCGAGCACCCUCGGCAUGGGUGCCGAGGUCAACGGCGUCGGCCUCACCCAGCAGGAGGAGUCGCUGCGCCAGAUCCAGUUUGCCCACAACAACAAGCUCUUCGAACCUCAGGACUUCAAGCCCGGGGAUGAUGACGCCAACCGUUUCUACUACGUCCGCGAGCUCGACGGCAACUGGACCCAGCGCAGCCGCUACUCCAUCGAUCAGAUGGCCUGCCGUUGGUACGUCACGGAUGAAGGUUGGUUCUACGCCGUCCGCCUUGCCGAAUAA